CCCGCGUCCAAAGAGAUUUCCCCACUUUGUUUUUUUCUUCCUGUAGCGAAUGGACUUUUUAACUGCCCCUCCGUCUUCUUUCAGUCGGACGCACCACUGAUACAAACCUCGACAGCCUCCCGCCUUGCAAGCCCAGCCAGUUGAUCCAGAGACAUCUGAGACCGCCCGUCCAUUCCCCCAUCCAACACCAGCCAAAAUGAUUAUCUACAAGGACAUCAUCUCCGACGACGAGUUGAUCUCGGACUCGUUCGACACCAAGCUGGUCGACGACAUUGUCUACGAGGCCGACUGUGCCAUGAUCACGCUGAAUGCCGUCCAAGUCGACACUGGCGCCAACGCCUCCGCUGAGGAGGCCGACGAGGCUCUCGAUGACGGCCCGACCAAGGUCAACAACGUCAUCCACUCUUUCCGUCUCCAGAGCACCAGCUUCGACAAGAAGUCAUAUCUGACUUACCUUAAGGGCUACCUUAAGACUGUCAAGGAGAAGCUCAAGGAGCAGGGCAAGUCCGACGACGAGAUCAAGGCUUUCGAGACGGGCGCCCAGAAGUGGGUCAAGGAGAAGCUUCUCCCCGGCUUCAAGGACUUCGAGUUCUACACUGGCGAGGGCAUGAACCCCGACGCAAUGGUUGCUCUCCUGAACUACCGGGAGGACGGUGUUACCCCUUACUUUACAUUCUGGAAGCACGGCCUGUCAGAGAUGAAGGUUUAAACACCUGCAUCUUUUACGUACUAUCGACAAGAAUCGAGAUUUUUAUUUUUGACGAUUUGAGCCGCCGGUCCAUAUAAAGGUCAUCCAUCUUUCUUGUAAUGCAUGCUUGGGCAUUUGUCUUGCAAGCUAUGAAUAGGCCGCGGUCCUAAUCCAAAAAAAAGACCAAAAAAAAAAAAAGAAGAAACGAGCACAAGCAGCAUGCCCUGGUCCCAAUUCAAUUUGAUUAAGGGUAUUGUUCCGGGGUUCUACACCGGUCAAGAAAACCAACUAACCAGGUGGUGUUUCGUUUGUGAUACGGCAGUAGGGAAUGCCGUUGUAAGUAUCUGGAUCCGGUCAAUGGCAUAUCGUAGAAAAAAUGAACGUCAUGCCGUACCCGUAUGUAUUCACAAAACCGAUACAAAUCGGCUUGAGACGG